AUGUCCGAAGCAGAAGUCAUUCCCGAGCUUCCCGCCAUCCGCAAGGGUGGCGCCGCGCCGGUUCAUGUUCACGCCACCGAAGGGGAGGAGGAACAGGUCGUGAUAAAACCACACUGGUACAGAUCGACGCUCACACAGAUCCUCAUCGUCGGAGGUGUCUUCUUCUGCUCACCCGGGAUGUACAACGCUCUCAACUCCCUCGGUGCCGGUGGUCUCGCCACACCCUGGUACGCCAACGCGACCGCCGCGGCCGGCUACGUCUUCAUGGCCUUCAUGUGCAUCUGUGGUGGAAUACUGGUUUCGAAAAUCGGACUGAGGAAGUCUUUGAUUAUCUCGACAACUGGUGAUAUCAUCUACGCUGGCAGCCUGUACCUGAACAGCAAAAACGGAACUCAAUGGUUCCUAAUGCUUGGUUCAAUUUAUUCUGGUAUCACGGAUGGUCUGAUGUACGCUGUGGAAGGUGCUAUUAUCACAGCGUAUCCCGAACCGUCCCGCCGUGGUCGCAUGCUCUCCCUUUGGGUGUUCAUGCGUUCCGCAGCACCAGUCGUUGGCGGUGCCAUCAUCUUUGGUGUCAACUUCGGGACGAAUUCAAGCGGAGGAGUAUCAUUGAAAACGUACCUCGUCAUCAUUGGCAUCAUGUGCGCUGGACCUUUCAUCGCGAUCAACCUUUCUCCACCCAAGAAGGUGCAACGAAUCGACGGAAAAUCGGUCGUGUUCCGUAAGACCUCCUUCCGGCGAUCAAUGAAGGAGUGGUUCGUUGUCGUCUCGCACCCGAAGAUGUGGCUCCUCUUCCCUCUUUUCUUCACUUCCUGGUUCUAUGGCUCUUACAUCGGAACCCUCGAAACUCAGUACUUCAACGUCCGCACCCGCGCACUCACCGCCUUCGUCUCCCCAUUCGGCGAUAUCAUCGGUGGUCUCGCGAUCGGUUACUUCCUCGACUAUCCCAAGCUGACGAAGAACCAAAAGGCGAGAUGGUCGUUCAUCUUCUUGAUGAGUCUCAACUUGGGCCUGUGGAUCUGGACUGCAGUGAUUACGAAAUGGCUUGAGGACAAUCAGCCUUCGCUCGACUGGUCGGACAAGGAGUUCGGCCGGAUGUGGGCGCCCCAGAUCAUGUUCGAGUUCACGACGAUGGCCACUCAGAGCUCACUCUACUGGAUGGUCAGCUUCCUCUCCAGCGACAUGAACACCCUCUCCUACAUCACCGGCUCCCUCCGUGGCGUCGAAUGCGCUGGCCAAGCCGUCGCCUACGGCAUCAAAUCCACAGACUCAUCCGACUGGAUCUCCAUCGGCCUCAACGUCGGCCUCUUCGUCAUCUCCAUCCCGCCCGCAUGGAUGGUCAUCAAAGACCUCGGGAAGGAGGGUGUGGAUAACCGGAUCGGUAUCGACUUGGGCAAGGAGGGGAGCGUGGAAAGUGAGGCUGACGCGAAGAAGUUGGGGUAUGAGGAGGAUGAGAGCAGGAAUGAGAAUGAGAAGAGUCCUGUUUAG